AUGGAGUCUCAAUCAAAAAAACCAUCAAGCAAAUUCUCGAAGAAGAGUAGUGCGAAGAAGGUUGAAACUGAAGAAUCGAAAGAGUCUCCUUUAAAAAACAAUUUUGAUGAAUCUAAACCUGAAACAAAGGACACAAAUUCAAAGAAAACUAAAGCACCGAAAGAAAAAGGCAGUACUGAAAAGAGCAAAGGAAAGAAAUCAUCAAAAUCUCAAGGGAAAAAGCAUCAAAAGAAGAAAGACUCAUCGAGUUCUAGCGAUGAUGAACUUCUUGAUGAAGCCGAAAAGGCAGUACUUGAUUUAGCAGCAAAAACAAAAAUAAACGACGUUAAUACAAAUAAUCAAGAUGGUGACAGUGAUAAUUCUUCCCAAAACUCCGAAAAAGAUUCCAAAACUACUAAAGAAAGCAGUAGUAAGCAUAGCCCAUCUCCAAAAUUCAAAGAAAGCCAAGCAUCAAAAGAUUCUACCUUGAAUAACGAAAAAGGAGAUGCGGCGUCUAAAAAGUCCUCCAAAUCAAAGCGAAAAUCUUUAUCAUCAAAGCACGAAAGCAAAGAUUCAACAACAGAAAAUAACGCCAAAUCCAAAUCAAAGCUUCGUAGAAAAGACAGCGAUACUGUAGAAGUACAAGUAAUGUCUAUGCCGUUAUUUAAGCUAUCAAGCCAAAUUCUUAAGGCUACGGAUUCGGAUAAUGCCGUUGAAGUAGAAUCAGACAGUUCUGAAGUGUUUGAAGAUAACAACAGUACUACAAAGAAAAAGUCAGGCAAGAAAAAGCGAAAAUCAAUCAGUAAAAGAAAGAAAUCUUUAAGUACAAUCGAAGAAAAAGACGAAGAACUCUCAUUACUAACUAAAAGUCAAAACAUUGAAGAAGCCGUAGAGAAAUCUCCUAAAUCUAGUACUUCAAAAGAUGAAAAAUCUAAAAAUGAAGAAGAUGAAGUUAAAACUGAAGCAAAAGUAGAAGAAAACGAAGAGAAACCAAAAGAAGAAAAGAACCCUACACCUAAAUCAUCCAAAUCAUCAUCAAAAUCACCAAAGAAGAAGAAAAAUUCGUCAUCAAAGAAAAGUGCGAAAUCUUCUUUUUCAAAGGUAGAGGAUAACAACUCACCAUCAAAGGCCGAAGAAACAACUCCGAAGAAGGAAGAAGUUUCCGAGAAAUCUGAGAAAGAUGUCAAAAUACCAGAAAAAAUCGAAGAAGUUGCAGAGAAAAUUGAAGAGAAGAUCGUAAAACAGGAAAAGAAAGAAGAAAAACACACAAAGAACUCUAAAUCAGAAAAAAUUGAGAAAAUUGAAGAAAAAAUUUCAGAAAAGUCAGAUAGUGAUGAAAAAAGCGAAGACAAACCAAUCGAAAAAACGAGUCCAGAAAAAACCGAAAAGAUUGAAGAAAAGGAGGAAGUUCCCUCUAAAAUUGAGGGGGUAACGGCUCCAAACUCCCAAGAAAUUCCACCCAAAGCAGAAGAACCGAUAAAUAACAAGAAAGAAAAGAAAGGAAAAGGCAGGAAGAAGAGCCUUAAGUCCAAGAGGAAGUCCCUGACUGUCCAUUCUAAUGAUGACGAACAAAAUAAAGAUGAUCAAAAGAAUCAAGAGCCAAUUCCUGAAAAAGUCGAAGAAAAGAUAGAGAAAAUAGAAGAGAAAGUUCUUGAAGUGAAGAAAUCCUCUUCUUCUUCAAGCGAUGAAGAAAUUAAAGAAAAUAAAUCAGAAAAAACUUCAGCAGUUAAGUUUGAAACACCAAAGAAGUCAUCAUCAGACUCAUCAAGCUCCAGUUCAGACGAAAAACCAAUGGAAAAGCAAGAAAUUAAAGAAAAUAUUACUAAAAUCGAAGAAAAAGUUGAAGAAAAACCAGAAGAAGUUAAGAAAGAAGAGAUAGUAAUCAAAGAAGAUAAAGAAAGUUCAUCUUCUGAUUCCGAAUCUAAAUCAGAAUCCCAUUCCAUUCAAAACAAGGUAGAAGAGGUCAUUUCACCGAAAACUACAAAGAGUGGAAAGAAAGGUACAAAGAAAUCCACAAGAAAAGGCAAAAAGUCCAAGAAUAUCGAGCCAGAAAUUCCAAAAGAGGAAGAAAAGCCAAAAGAAGAACCCAAACAGCCAGUUAAAGAGACUUCAUCAUCUUCGUCUGACUCAGAGGUCCUCCAAAGUCCUCCUUUGCCUGAUUCAAAGAAAAUUGCGGAUUUGAUCGUCAACGAUAUGAAUUUGAGCUCUUCAUCACCGUCAUCUUCAGAGGAAAAACCAAUUCCUAAGGAAGAAAAAGAGAAUUCGAGUCAGAAUUUGGAAGUCAAGGAAAUCAACAAAUCUGAUUCAUCAUCUGACUCCGAGAAGGCCGAAAUUGUUGAAGAAAACAAUGAAAAGCCACAAAUCCAAGAAAUUAUUAAAAAUAAUUCCUCAAUUUCUUCAGAUUCUGAGAGUUCUUCAUCGGAAAAGGUCCAAACAAAGCCUCCGCCAAAGGAAGAAUCCAGUUCUUCCAAAGAAGAAAGCUCCAAACAAAAUAUUUCCAAUGAUGAGCAGAAAAAGAAGAAACAUUCGAAGAAACACCACAAAAACAAUGAUUCUGCAAACAAUUCUACAGAUCUCGUUGAGAAAGUUGAAGAAAAAGUUAAUAAUCAACCAAUAAUUGCAAAAACACGAGAUUUGAAUGGCGAAACAACCCAACAAGUAGCCAAUACACAAAUCACAGAAGAGCCGAAACAAAUUUCCAAGGAAUUCCUUAAUAUUGACACAUCAGAUGUCAAAAUCAAAGAAUCCAAUGGAGCAUUCUAUCUCACGAUCAACUCUGAUAUAGAACAGACAGAGCAGAAGCCACAACAAGAGCUAACACCGCCAGAAAACCAAGUAAAGAAGGAAAAUCCAGAAGAACAACCGAAGAAACAAGAAAAGAACGAUGAAAGUGACAUGAAGAAAUGUCCGGAGUUCUUAAAUAUCGAUACAAGCGAUGUAAAAGUCAAAGAAUCGAACGGAGCGUUUUAUCUGACAAUUAAUUCAGACGUAGAACCUCCUUCUGUAGAUCCUAAGCUUGUAAUCGUUCAGCCUGCGAAGAGGGACAUCAAGUUGGCCGAAGAAGAGAGCGACGAUGAUGACAAAUUCUUAACUGUUUCAUCAUCUCCUCCUCCACAGCCAAAGAAGCAGGUAAAGUACUACGGAACAUCAUCAGAUUCUGACUCUGACUAUGUUCCACCUCGUAAGACUGCUCCUGCUCCUCCUCUCGUGAUUCCAAAGACGAAUUAUUCAGAUGAAGACGAUAGUGGGUAUAAUAAUGAGACAACGAGCGAGUUAGAGAGUUUGCAUUCACCUAAGAUGCCAAGUAAUGACGAGAAAUCGCCUGUUGGUAAGAAUGGAGCGAAGAAUUCACCUGGAAGAAGAAUUUCAUGCGAUACUUGGAAGAAUUACGAUGAAAUGAUGGACCAGAAGAAGAGUCCUAAGCAAAAGGAAGGCGCUUCUCUUGUUUCAUCGCCAUCUAAAAUUACUAAGUCUUCUCCACAGAAAUUCAGGUACAUUCCUACAUCCAGAGUGAAGAGGUACGGUAAAUUCGUAACUGAUAAGCAUGAAAAUGCCGAUAAAACUAAGAAAGAGUCGAAAUUCUUGCAAGAAACAGAAGACAGCGAGAAAUUCAUCUCAAUUCCAAAGGAGAAAGACACAGAAAACAAGGAAAUCCGAUUGCUUCCAGUUGUACACCUUUCGCCAGUCAAGAAACACCUUUUAUCACCAUCGACCAAGUCGAGGUCAAUUUCAAUUAAACCGCCAAAAGAAAUGACGGUUUUUAAGAAUAAAUUUAUUGACAAAGACAAUGAUAGUGAUACGAGUGAUGAAUUAGAUUUGUCAUUCCUGGACAAACAAAACGACGAAAACGAUUUUGAAGUUGAAAAUUCACAGUCUAAGCGAAAGAAAGUCGCAGACAGGCCUCGAUCUAAAUGGCUGAAGAGGAGUGACUCAGAUGACAGUGAAGACGAACGACCAAUCAACUACGACAAGAUAGAACUUAAACACACAUCUCCUAAACUGAAACCUAAGAAAGAUAAGAAUGAAGAAGGCGGAGAAUUGUCCCUUGAAAGCAGAGGAAUGCUUGCAAUGCUCAAACAGCGAUUGGACUGGGGUAACCAGCCGCCAAUUAACUAUCAAAAAUAA